AUGGAAUUUUUACCCCAGAAUCUGCGACUACUAAUCGGUUUCGCCGCGGCCACUUUUAACGGCGCCCCACUCCGAAAUACCGGCUUACCGAGGCACAUGCGCAUUCUGGGGAUCCUUCAAGCUUACAUCGACUCCAUACUAUCUGUAAUCUUGCUCGAUUUCGCCAUGCUUCGUCUGCCAUUGUCACUGUCACUAUUUUCCGGUUGGACCGACGGAUAA